CCUGUGGUCAGCCGUCAGAGACAGUGCGCGGAAUUUUGUGAGGGUGUGAUUUUGGAUCGUCGAUAAUUAUUUAUAUUUAUUGAUAUAUUAAGAAAAAAUAACAAUUUCAAGGCUCCGCGUACAUAUUUUUAACAUACCUCAUUCUCGUUAAAAUAACUAAUGCGCAGUACGCACUAUUAUUUGUACAAAACAAACCAUAUGAUAGUUUCCAGGAUACAAAACAUUAGAGAUUUUGAAUAAAAGUAUUUAAUAAAUAUUAAAAGCAGUUAAUAAAAAAUCAAAUAUUCAAAAUGCGGGAAAAAGCAGAAUUUACAGAUAUACUUUUACCUCGAAAUACGCAUUUCGGAAUAAUAAAAUUCAUGACCCGGCACUGGAAACCCAAAAAGACGCUAAAUCUUGAUAAGGAUUAUUCACCCCAGGAUAUAAAAAAUCUAGUGUGUAAAUCGACCUAUUUGGAUUCAUAUUUAGAAGCGGAGAGUGCUAAUAGUGGCGUACCCAAGGAGCAGUUAAGAAAAGAAGUGUUAAAAUAUUUAGAUGAAAUAGCCAUGGACAAGAAGAUGCAUGUGAUUCGUUGUAUGGGUGUGUUCUUCCUGAAGGUUUCAUUUAUGAUGAAAAUUGGCAUAUUUGUUAAUGAACCAGCCAUUUUAAAGCUGAAAGAUAGUAUGGGUGAGAACCCAGUGCUAUUUCUUCCCACACAUAGGAGCUAUGCGGAUUUUUGUGUCUUAACAUACCUUUGCUACCACUAUGACAUCGAGCUUCCUGCCGUAGCAGCUGGAAUGGAUUUCUACUCGAUGGCGAUAGUGGGGCAGAUGAUGCGCGAGACGGGCGCGUUCUACAUGCGGCGCACGCUGGUCGGCGCGCCGCUGUACGCGGCCACGCUGCGUCACUACGUGCGCACCGUCGUCGCGCACUACGGCGCGCCGUUCGAGUUCUUUCUAGAAGGCACUAGAAGCCGCAGCAAUAAGAGUUUGCCGCCCAAGUACGGUAUGUUGGCUAUGAGCCUGAUGCCGUACUUCGCCCGUGAGGUGGACGACAUCACGAUUGUGCCGGUUAAUAUCAGCUACGACCGUAUCAUGGAACAGAGUCUGUUCGCAUAUGAACAUCUUGGUGUCCCAAAACCUAAGGAAACUACUGGGGGUUUAUUAAAGGCAUUGCGAAGGCUCAACGAUCACUUCGGCAAUAUCUACAUAAACUUCGGGACGCCGAUCUCCCUCAAGCAGUACAUCGGUCCCACGGCGUUCUCACCUGAAACCCUGAAGCCGAGAGACCUGCAGCAGCUGACGGACCAAGAAAUGAAACUGGUUCAGAAAGUCGCCAACCACGUGGUCACCUUACAGCAAGAAAGCACUGUUGUGACAAUCACGAAUCUAAUAGCCAUUGUACUUAUGCUCAGCUUGCACAGAAGGAAAGUGAUGGACAGGGAGGAAGUGGUAUCCGAGGUUGAAUGGUUAAUUGAAGUGUUAAGAAGCCUAGGGGCGAUAGUCUUCGAGAAUGAUGUGAGGAGCAGUAUGGAGAGGGUGAUGCUGGUCCACGGGACGAUGAUGCGGCUGGACCGGGAGGGCAAGUUGAGACUGGUCUCCAGCGCUCUUAUGGAUAUCAAUCCUGACGUGCAGAAGAAUAUGAAAGGUCAUAAACUAAAAGCUGAGACGAUGACAAACGCAGUUCCGAUAAUGCAAUUGCAGUUGUACAUAAACCCGGUGCUGCACUAUCUGGCGCCGCACGCACUCUUGUACCUAAUAGUGCGGAGACGUGACAUCGGCACACGUGAAUUGUAUGCGGACUACAGUCUCAUUCGGAAAUUGUUAAGACACGAAUUUUUUCAUUUAGAAGAAAAUGAGUCAGCGACUUUCAACAAGGCGCUAGAAUACUGCUCGUCCAAUCGCGUCGUGUUGCAAUCUGGCGACACAGUGAGUAGCGGGGAUAAUGACAGACUGCAGUACUUGCUGCAAUGCGCGGUGCUGCCAGCUCUCACCUCGCUACUAACCUGUAUGGAGGUUAUGGAGGAGCGGCGGCGCAGCGGCGCGGCGGCGGCGGCGCGCGGCGCGCAGGCGGCGGGCGAGCGCGCGCGGCGCGGCGGCGCGCUCAGCCUCGACGCGGCCGGCGCCGCGCUGCGCGGCCUCGCCCUCGCCGCCGCGCUGCGCCGGGACGCACGGGAAAAGGAGGUAAUUUAUGAAGUUGUACUUGAUGUGAUGCAGCAGUGUCGGCAACUAGUGAGCUCGAUUCUGCCGAGCCUCACUCUAGUGACCGAUAAUAACCCAGUUAUAGUACAAAAUACGCCGAAAGCGCGUCUAUGAUGUAUUGUGUUCAAUAGAUUUAAUCGUAUCUCUUAAGAAAUAGCCAAAGACUCCAUAAACAGUUGACGAAACAAACCAUGUGUGAUAGGACAGUGCCAUCGAACAAACGAAAUAUUUAAUAUGUACUCUAUUAUAUUGAGUAAUUAAAAACCAUUUUAGACCGAUAUUGCGAUAGUAUUAAGUUGAAAAUUAGGUCAGAAAUGAUUUACUCCAUUAUUUACUAUGAGCUGUUUGCUUCAUUCACAUAUUAAAGCAUUUAUGCCAAUUGAAUAAUUGACAUCUCAUUUAAAUAACUUGUAGUCAAGAUUUUAAUGUAUUAUUUAUUUUAUAUACAUUGACAAAUGUUAUUUAAAUUCUGUCUUCCUAAAACUUUUUAUCCUAUAAUUAUAGGUAGGUAAGUUAACCAUUGCUAGCAAGCUUAUAGUCAAGCUUAUUUCAAUACUCUAUUGCACGCCAGUUCAAUGUUCGUCUGAAAUAUAACCACGGCCAGCUUUGUGUACUUCCAUUGUAUUUUACAAGUAUGUAUAAAGACAUAGGUUUAAAAUUUUAGUAGGUUUAAACGAUUUUAUUUUUAACACUUCAAAUGCCAUUUUCAAUAUUUUAAAUGUUUUUUUUAAUUAUAUUUUACGUGUAUUUGUUAUUGGUACUGCAUUUGUGUUAUUUAGGGAUAGGCUUACAUCAUAUGUUUAUUAUGACAGUGACUGUAGUAUUUUAGUUAUAAAAUUGUCAGUAUCCAAACCAUGUAAAAUUCCAGUAUUUUUAAAGUAUUGGAAUGUUUUUAGUUUUAUAACAUUCAAAUGUUUUAUAAUCUGAAAUUUUUAAAGAAUGGAAAAUAUUCGACUACGAGGCGGGUGACAAUUAAAUUCAGAAAAGCCACGUUCCAUUGCCACAAUAUUGUAAUCAUUGAGUUGAGACAUAUUGGUUGAGAUUGUUUCUAAUCAUCUCAUAGAAGGCGUGUCACGUAGGAUGACCCUCAGACACAUAAAACCUAAAGUGGAAGAAAUGCGAUCAUUGAGGAUGGUGGAUCACUGGUGGCCAAAGGGCGGGCGUUGCCACGUUACGAAUGAUGCAGGUUCGAAUCCCGCUACGUGUUCGAUUUUUCUAUUCUUUAAAAAUUUCUUAUGUAGGUAGUUCAUUUGUUGUGAUAGGGGUAAAGCCCGUGUAAUUUGCUCUAUUUUAUUUGUUGCCAAUAUCAAUAUU